AUGAAGAAUAAGAGGGGAGGAACGCGGGGCAUUGAUUGGCGCCCAUCGCAUACAGCCAAUCACAACUCCUCUCUUUCAACGAAAAAACCGAAUCCCCCACCAUCACCACACCAAAUUAACGAAAUGACCGCUGUGGUUGAAACUGAGACACAGGGAAUCCAAUUUCCAGUCACUGAUGGAACAAAUACAAUUUUUCUUGCCCUGGCGCCGGAUAAAGAGGGGAAAUACAUUCUGCAAAUGCCGGAAGGAGCACAGAUGCUCUCCUCUGGGGUUAUGUACGCUCCAGAACUCGUCGCUGAUCACUUGAGACAACAAGGAGAAAAUGGUGGAGAGAUGAAUGGAGUAACGAGUCAAAUCCAUACAACGACUCCAUCAACUGACUCUCAUCCAGGGACACCAGCGAUGUAUGUGCCUCAAUGUACUUCUCAAGCCUCUGCUAGCAAUGAACAAGAAGUUAUUCAUUUCCCACCCGAACUCGCAAAAGACGGUGUCAUUCAUUGUGCCUACAUUGCUCAAGAGGCUCCACCACCACCGCCUACCAACACGAUUUAUGUAAACCCACGGCAAUAUGAUAGGAUAAUGAAGAGAAGAGUGAUGAGAGCAAAACUCGAAGCGGCUGGGAAAAUCCCGAGAAUCGGAACAAAGAGAAAGGGUUAUCUUCACGAAUCUCGACAUUUACAUGCACAACGCCGGGUUCGCGGUGAGGGUGGAAAGUUUGACAAUGCGCCGUGGAAAGAAAUCAAAGGAAGGAAAAAGAAAGAUGAUCAUGACGCAAACUUGUUACACAAUGGUGAACCCAGCACAUCACGACAAUUGGUCGACUUGGAGCCUGGCCCUCAACGAAUCGCCCCAAGACCUGAUCAAAGAGAGACGAGAAGUAGACCGUUGAAUGGAACGAUUCCUGCUGUAUCCUCAACUUCUCCUCUCAAAACAACAUUUCAUCAAACAACAAGCCUAAAUGGACAAUCAAAGGGUCCUGUGAGCGAUAAGGGUUUAAAUGGUGGAGCUCGUCUUCAAACAAAUGGAUCAAUCCCAUUACAACAACCGAUUCCCCCACAUCGGAAUCCUCAUCAUUCAAAA